AUGUCAACAGCAGCAGUAAUUGAAUGUAUACGUUUUAUUGCAUGUAUAAAAUGGCUUUGGCAACAUGCAAUGAAUGAGAUAGAUCAUGUUCAAUGUCAAAGUGUAUUAUCACAAAGAAUAAAUCGUCUGAAAAGUUCGAUAACAUAUAUUGAUUAUAUAAAUAUGUGCAUAUUUCGAAAAACUCGUUUAUGCAAUUUUCUACGUGAAAUGAAUAAUGCUAAAUUUGAUGAAACAAAACAAGAUCGAGAAUUAUGGAAACGUGGUAUUAGUCAGUUCUACAGUAAUUGGUAG